AUGAUUGGCUGGUGAGACGACUGCCCCGCCUCUCGGCCCGGAGGCAUUCUGACCUCAUGUCCGGGAGUUCGAGUUAUUGCGCCGCCCGAUACCGGCUGAAUGAAGAUAGGGAGGUGUUUUGCCCUGUUUCUGUGUCCUGGAAUUGUGUUAGUUUUUGAAUUUUCUUUUUUUCAUGACGUAAGCGAGUGAGAUCUUUGGGGAGCGUCUGUUCGAAAACGAAUCCCCAACUAACACUUGCUACUGUGUUUGAUGCGCUUUGCUAGCGUCAGGUCUGUCUGGAAGCGCAGUAUGUAGUUGUUUAUAGACACGCAGAACAUUUGUACGCCCGAGCAAAUCAGUGUCCGUAUUAAGAGUCCCAGAUUGCUAAUCUAGAAGAUUAGUCUUUUGAAGAUGAAGUGUGGGGAUACAUGUGCAGUAGGGUUUAAAUUUACAAUGGGGAAGUUGAUUUACAUUGGCUCUUUUCCCUUCUGGUCUUUUCCCCAGCCCAAAGGCCUUUAUGAUGUCACUAAACAUAGAGAAUUAUCCCUUAGCUCGAGUCUUCGUUCUCUCCCUGUCUUCUAUCCGUUCUUAGUCUCUAAGACUCCUAUCUUUUCCCCUUAAAGUUUUCGAAUCUUUUCAUGAAGUGAAAAUUCCAGUUUCUGACUUUGAAUUCAGAAGAUCACCAGCUACACCCCUAUUCAGAUAUUUAGUGCUGAAAAAUUUUUGUUGGAGAAAUGUCUUCUGAGUCAGAAAAGGAUAAAGAAAGGCUGUUUCAAGCUGCCAAAACAUUGUUCUUUCACCUACAAGAUCUUGCUUCCUUCACAAACACACUCACUGAAUUGUUUAACAGCAGUAUGAAUACCCAGAUCCUCUCGAUGGCUGUGAAAGAAGAUGUUCGUGUUAAGGAUGUCUUUGAACAAAUGCUCAAAAUUUUUAAGGAGAUGCAAUCUGCAGUAGAUGCAAAGCAUGACAAAAUGCAAAAGGAACCUUUAUGUUCCAAGAUUGCAACAGCUAUGUGCUCUCUGGUUGAGAAGAGUACCAAUGUAAAGGAGUUGCAUCAGGCAGCUAAAGAAGUGUUCAAAAAUGUUCCUACACCAAUCAUUGUCUCCGAGCUGAAUAGUGGUAACAUCCUGGGGAGUUUGGAAUCUUCUCUUUCACUCUUGAUGGAAUAUCCCCUCAUGACUCUUCAAUUAAGUGAAAGAAAAGAGCAAUCAGAAACCACCACAUCUGAGAAAAGCGAAAGUUCAGGUCCAUGCAAAACCACUACAGUAGACACCUUGAAAAAGUUGCAGGAUGCGUUAAAAACUGAGAAUGCCAAGAAUACCAUCGAGUCGGCCACAGAUCAGUUGGAACAAAUUAUCAAAACUACAGGAGCAAUCUUAGAGAUCCUCCAAAAAGCCAUAAAGGCUAUGGAAACCAAGAUUUCUGUGUCUAAAAAAGCUGAUGACUAGUGGGAGUGCAGCAGAAGUGCUGAUUUCUGUCAGAAAAUCAGUUCAAAACUUGUGAAUUUUUAUAGUACUUUGUAAGACCUUUGAUGCCAGAUGUGGUCUAUUGGAACAUAAGUGCAAAGAGUAGUCACCUGGCAAACCAUUCACCUCAAGUUUUGUUUUAUUCAAAUAAAAAUAAGUAAUCAAAGAAAGUAGCCUUUCUUUCUUUCAAGCCACCUGCUUGAAAUGGCAGAUACCGAAAAGAAUAUAUUGUUCAAAAAAUCAAGGUAGCAUUACAUUUGAGGAUGUUUUUAAACGUUAUAUUUCAUCUUAAAUCAUAAUUAAA